CCACGUCGACGUGCCGGCAGUGGACACAAUGCUGCGUGCAGCGCUCGCGCGUGCGCUUCCGCGGCCGCGCAUCGUCGUUGCCGCCUGUCCGCGCCUCGGCGCCGCCGAUGCGCUCCCCGAUGCGGCGGCCGCGGUGCGCUGCUGCCUUCGGCCUGCGCGGCGCCUGCCUUGCCCGCGGCGCGCCUUCGCCUGCUCUGGCCCCGCUCGCAGCGCCGCUGCAUCAGCGCACGAGACGCUCGCAGCGCUGGAUCCGGAGGAUGAGGCAGACGCACUCCUGCGCCUCGUGCCCCUCGUCCUCGCACAGCCCAGCGCCAGCACCGACGGCAGCGGCGAAGCAGCGCCGAGCGCGGCGAAUGCGGCGCCGGGCGAAGAGCGACAGGGCAGUGAGAUGCUGGGGAGGAAGGAGCGCGAGGAGCUGACGCGCCUCUGGGAGAGCUGGCAUGCCACUCGGACACAAUUGCGAGCGCUAGAUAAGCUCAGUGCCUCGGACGACGAACUGGCAGAGCUGGCAGCCGAGGAGAAGGAGGAGCUGCAUUCCCAGCAGCAGCAGCUCCGCCGCAGCAUCUCCUCCUUGCUCCUUCCCUCCGGGCCGCCCUCUCUCGGCGCCAUCCUCGAGUUCCGCCCGGGCGUCGGCGGUGCCGAGUCGACGCUGUUCCUCUCCGAAGUGCUGCGCAUGUAUGAGCGCUACGCCUCUGCGCAGCCGACCUGGAGCGUCGAGAUGCUGCGCUACGUGCCUGCCGAAGCAGGUGUAGCGUCCGAUGCCGUCAAGGAGGCGACGCUGCGCAUUGUGGGCGCGGGCGCAUACGAGCGAUUAAGACACGAGGCGGGCGUGCAUCGAGUGCAGCGCAUUCCGCAGACGCAGAAUCUGGGCAAGAUCCAGACGAGCACGGUGGCGGUGGUGGUGCUGCCCGAGGUGGAGGAGAGCAAGGAGACGGACAUCGUCGACGAGAAGGAUGUCAAGACGGAAGUCAUGCGCAGUCGAGGCGCUGGUGGACAGCACGUCAACAAGACUGAGUCUGCCAUUCGCCUCACGCACGAGCCGACGGGCAUCACUGUCUCGAUGCAAGACUCGCGUUCUCAGCAUCAGAAUCGGGAAAAGGCAUGGCGCGUCCUGCGAGCCCGCCUUCUCGAUCGUCAAAUGCGAGAAGAGAUGGCGUCGAAUCGCGAUGUUCGACGAGCACAGGUUGCGGGCAUGGAGAGAAGCGAUCGGAUCCGCACGUACAACUUUCCUCAGGAUCGAGUGACGGACCACCGAGUCGGCCUCUCGCUCAACGCCAUCGCAAGACUGCUCGAUGGAGACGUAGAGCCGGGCUUGAGCUACAUGAUGGAUGCGCUCGCCGAACAUGCCGAAUCUCUGCGCCUUGCUGCUCUCGAGGCCGAUCUUCGCGCUCGUCUGGCGCCGCCCGAGGAGGAGAGUGGAGGACGACGAGGCAAGAAGGGCAAAUAGACACGAUUCCAAGACGCACGAGCGGGGAUGAGAUGGGGUAUGAUGCGAUUGCGAGUGCGGAGACAGGACGUCUACGAUCGUCCGCCGCGUUUGCGCUUCGGCGGCCGCUCCAUCGUGCCGAGCGCCAGGGCUCCCGGCGCUGCAGGCGGUGCCAAGAGUGGCGUGCCUGGACCUUCUUCCCCCGCCGGCUCUGCCUCCAUCUUCACAGCUGCUCCAUCUUCGAGCUUCGUCUGCACGUCUUCCUGCGGCUCCUCCUUCUUUGGCUCGUAUCCCGCAAAGGCGCGCAGGUCGGCCGUGAAGAGGACAGAGUGUGCCCAGCCGGCAUACUCGCCCCACAGCUCGCGGAAGCGCUCUGCGAGAGUCUCGUAGCCCCGGGCGCCCUCUUUCACUUUCAUGCCG